CGCAUGCCGUUACCGUCCGAAAUAUGUGUCGUAUACAGCUUUACCGGUAUCUAUGCCGACGGGAUUACUUGUGCUGAACAGUUUUCUGUCCGUUCACUUGUUCCAGGUUUUCGAAGUCGGCAUUAUUUAUCCCCAACAUAAAAAUCUCUCUUAUUUCAUCCCAAAAUCACUUAUCACAACUGUAGUGCUUAUCAUCCAAGAAUCUUCAUCACUGAGCCUCCAUUUCAUCUAAAGC